AUGGCAUACUCAUCCUCCAGCAGUGACAGUAUUGACAAAGAGGACAGCAACUCGGAAUCCAACCUGAGCCUCUCUGUGGGCUAUUUCCCCAGUGAGGAUGCUUUUUAUGUAGAUACAACUCCCUAUGAAGACAUGCUCUCUGAGAGUCCUUCAGCUCACUUCCUUCCUCCUGCCCAAGGGAUGUGGAGGACUGAAAGUGUACUGAGAACCAUUAGGAGACAAGACCAAAGCCAAGAUACACCAGAGCAGUAUUGCAAACUAAGCAUCACCCUGGCCUGGGAUGUUGAUGUGGGCUCUAACAUUUCAGAAUCGAUAGCUAUGUGGGAUCUAAACAGACACAACCGAUGGAUGGGAAAAUACCCAGAAAAGAAGACAGAAAUGACUCUCAGCAAACUGAAUGGUCUUGUGAAAAACCUUGAGAAAUUUAUAGAAAAUCAGAAAGAUGAUACAGACAGUGAGUUUAUUUCCGAUGAAUCUACUCAGAAGGCAGAUUUCCAGCUAUCCAGCAGCUCCCCACCAGGUAUGACUCAGACCAGUCCUCAGAAACACAGUACUUGUCAAGACUUGACCAACUUCAAACCACCGGAAAAUAAAGAUGUCACCCAGUUUCCACCGACUCCUCUAAGACUUCAGGAACUUCAUGAAAUCACUGAGAUAAGCCAGACAACUGGUAACCAAAAGGCAAGUACUUUAGAAACCUCUUCAAAUUCAUCAGGUCAGGCAGAGAAGAAGGACAAUCCUUCCAAUACACAAACCUUAUCCUGUCUAAACUUUGGGUGGGUCUUCCGCUGGCUGAGGCGGCAAGUGUUGUCCUCACUGCUGGGGAGAGACCACCCUGAGAAGGCCACCAUCAGCCCCCGUUGGGUGGCACUGAAGGAAAGGAUCUCUCACAGAAGCAUGAGAAUUCAACCUCAAGAAUGCCUCCAUUUAGUACACCCCAUACAUCACCAGCUUUCUUAA